AUGGAUAACGCCGAUGAUGAGCAAACUUACUUGAAUAAACAGGAAUCAAUGCUACCACAACAAACUAGCCAAAAUCCAUGUUCACCACCGUCUUCACCACCACCAGCCACCGCAUCACCUUCCUCAGUCUCUUCAUCUCCUACUCAUGAAUUCUCCUUUACCGUUUCUCUCCACCCAAACCCACGACCAAUAUUCAGUCAAAAUCAUAAUUCUGAUACUUAUGAUAGCGAUAACAACCAUAAAACCGACACUACUGGUUCUCUUCUACCAUAUCCAUUGACAGCUAUUGACUUAUCUCCAGCGGAUGAUAUCUUCUUCCACGGCCAUCUCCUUCCUCUUCACCUCCUAUCUACUCUCCCUGUCUCCCCUCGCUCCUCCACAAACUCAAUGGACAGUUAUACCCUCCCCAACAACCUCUUAUAUGACCCAACCAACCCCAUCGGAAACACCAGCUUCCACUGCCACCACCAAACCGCCUUCUCGGAUUUCGAAGAGCCUGAGGUCGCCAUUAGCAAUCAAAACCGACCAAAGUCCAAAUCUUUUUCACUCUUUAGCAUACCCAAAUGGAAAAAAAGGUGUGAUGAUGAGAGAGAAAGAGGUGAAGAUCAAAAUACCAAGAAGCUGAAGUUAGAUUUAGGUCAGCUCAUCAAGAGGUACAUGAAAAUGGUAAGGCCUUUGUUGUCAUUUCCAAAGUCGAGGAGGUCAAAUACGACUUUUAACCAUCAGUCAUAUUCGUUUUCUGGAAACUCGCUGAGUUCCAAGAGUAGUAAACCGCCGCAUAUGAAUAGAGGUGGUAAGAGAAGAGGGCAGUUCUCGGCACCGGCGUCUAUGCGGACUUCUCCGGCUUACAGCGGAAUCAUUCUUAACUCGGGGACUGUGAGUCCCGCCAAGAGUACAACAAGUGAAAGCACCAUGGAAGAAUUGCAUGCUGCAAUUCAAGCUGCUAUUGCUCAUUGUAAGAAUUCCAUCGCCAUCGAAGAGAAAAUUCAGUCCGAAAAUUAA